AUGGAGGUACUUGAAGUCACAAGCACAGAGAUGUGCGUGCCGAGCCUUCGAGCAUACAAGGUGCUUGGAGACGAUAUGACCCUAGAAUCCAUCCGUCAACUGGCAUGGGAGCUUGAUGACCUUGACGGACGCGACUCGAUCCAACACCCAGAGUGGCAGGCACUCUACAUGCAAUUCACGAGCUCCCAUGUGCUUGGAACAGUUCCAUACAGAUGGGAGUCGCAAGCCCGGACUUACACCCACGCACAGCUUCUUGAGGUGGAGUUCGAUUCUCUGAAUGUCGUUGUGCUCGACGGGCCACUCCUUUAUGAUGGCGGCGUGUGUGCCGAGGAGAAAGCAGCAGCCGUGAAGGUUCACCUCAACAUGUGCAGUGAUCAGAAGGGGCUACUCAUGCACGAGCUGGGAAAGAGAGGAAAGGCCGCACUGGUGCGGGAGACUGAAGAGGAGUGGGAGCUCUUAGUUCCACACAAUCUCCUGUCUCAGCUUAGUUUCUCGGAAAAGGUCAUCGCACGUUGGCGCAGGCACCAGACACUGCCAGUGUCAAGCCAUUGGCAAGAUGCUGAGCAAGCCGGAACAGACCUUUGGAAGCUGUGGGAUGACACUAUUGAGACCCCGUGUAUUCCCGACCUCGAUCUGUCAUGGCUGCGGCACGAGCCCGGCAUGCCCGUGGUGGAGGAUGCCAAAGAGAAGGUACAGCCCGGCACGAAGCAGACGGUCGGGAACAUGGUCAUCCAGCGCAUCGUCCACAAGGAACACUGCGCAGUUUGGUCCGCACAAGUGGGGACCGACCCGGUCAUGUUCGUGGCCUCGCAGGUGGUCCUCGCCACGCCGGAGCCUCCAGAGGCAGUGCUCUGGGCUCUGUACUCUGCCGAGGAGCGAAUGAAGUGGGAUGGUGGCUCCUUUUCAGCCUACGAGGUUUUGGGUGAUCCACAGGUGCAAGAGGCCACCGGAGCUCUCUGCGAUUUCCUCUACUGCCGCAUCCACCUUGUCACAGGCGUAACGGAUCGGGACAUGGUGCAGGAGCGCUUUCUGCUCCGCCUCGCAGACCGAGGCUACGCCAUAGCCAUCCGUGCCUGCAGCGAGGACCAGUCGCGAGCUCUGGGGCGAGCCCCGGUCUCCAGCGUGGUGCGCGCCCGAACCAUCAUCUCCGGGUACAUCAUCCAGCCGAAUCCGUCAGGAGAAGGCGUCCUAGUGACCGGCGUCUCCCAGACGGACCUCGGGGGCAACGUGCCGCUGUGGUUUCAGGGCCUUGUCAAGAAGGCCGGACGCAGGAAACCUGUGGAAUGGGCGCAGCGGCUAGAGGACCACUGCAACAUGAGGGCAGGUUUAGACGUGGCAAGUCGACGAAGGCUGACGUUUUCCGCCUUGAGAAGCAGAGCGCGAGGCUGGACCAAAGAGCUAGCACAGAGCCCAUGCUUCCCCCGCGACGGGGCCACCACGAGGCGGUCAAGACCUGCUUCGCCGACGCGUGGCUCCUCGUCACAUCAGCCACAGCCCGGCCGUGUACAGGCAAAUUCUUUGUGA